AUGUUUUCAUCUGUGGAUAAAUAUCUUUCUUACAUAAAUGAAAAUAACGACCGUUCUGUGAUUCUUCCUUUAAGGGAGCAAAGUGAAGUUACAAUCGAUUUAGCAAAAUUAGGUUAUGGAAAACGUCUUCGUAAAGCGUUACUCCCUCUAUUGCGUGAUAUGAUCCCAGGAUGGGAGGGCGUUACAUCAGAAUCUCACAUUCAAGUAGAGCAGAUCACAGGUUCUUACACGAAUUCGGUAUUUUGUGUUAAAAAAAAUUUGCUAGAUGACGCAAAAACGCAAAAGGUAUUAUUGAGAAUAUAUGGAAACGGGGUUGACCAAUUAAUCGACCGAGAAGGGGAACUUCUAACUCUAAGAAUGCUUUCAUCAGUCAAAAUCGGUCCGCAACUACUCGGAAUCUUCAAGAACGGCCGCUUUGAACAGUUUCUGGAAUCCAAACCUUUGACCAAGGAUGAUCUUUGCAUGGCUCCAGUAUCACGUCAUAUUGCGUGCCGAAUGUUUCAACUUCACAAAAUCGUAAAUAUAUUCCCACCAAAGAAAGAUGUUAUUCCAGAAGUGUGGGUUAACAUUGAUCGAUGGUAUCCAUUAGCCUGUAAGGCGGUUAAACCAGACAAUAAGGAAGCGUUACGUUUACUAAAUUUAUUAAAGGAUGAAAUCCCACGAUUAAAGUCGAUGCUUUUCAAGGUUAAUUCUCCAAUCGUGUUCGCACAUAAUGACACACAGUACGGUAACAUUCUACGACUUGCAGACGAAUCUAAUCAAUUGGUGGUGGUCGACUUUGAAUAUGCCGGAUACAACUAUCGUGGAUUUGAUAUAGGAAAUCAUUUUUGCGAGUGGGGUUAUGAUUAUAGUGGUCCAGAGCCUCAUGUUUUUCAUAGGGAGUGGUUCCCCACGGAAGAUGAACAAUAUAAUUUUCUUUCUGCGUAUUUAGAGGCUCAGGACCAAGAGCUAGGGUUUGUAACGAGAGAUCAAUUAACGUUACAAAAAAUGCGAGUGGAGUGCAAUGCUUUCUCACUAGCGAGUCACGUUUUAUGGGGAGUAUGGGGUAUUAUACAAGCCGCUCAAAGCGAAAUUAGUUUUGACUACCUAUCUUAUGGUAUUCAAAGGUUACAGGCCUUCGAAGAUUAUAAAGAAGGAAUUUACAAUCAAAUUCUGGAACAUUUUUAA